AUGACGACUAACUAUUUGGUGCCAAACACUAAACCGAUUAAUGGAAAUGUGUUUCAUUCAUUCGAAAAGAUAAAUGAAAUAUUCGCAAAGAAUGACGGUAGAAGAUAUUAUAGAGAACUUGAAAGUUCAUGCUAUGACUCUGAUGCUCCAUAUUUUGAUGAUAAACAAACUCAUUUAAGAAUUACAAAUCCGGCUCAUGAUGUGAACCAAUUAGGUGACACAUAUAUUAAACGCAAAGUUAAAGCAACUCUAGUUUCAAAUAAAGCUUUCACAUGUGAUGCCGCUUUUAAAUUCAUGCGUUUAUUCGUUGGUUACAAAUCAUCAAAUCAAAGCUUUAAACAAUUAGAAGUAGAAACCGAAAGAGGUGAUGCCGGUUAUCUUCAGAUGGAUUGUGCCCGUGAAUCUUUCGCAUUUGCAACAUAUAAACCAAAAUCAGAAAGGAAAGUUAAAAAGUUUGUUCAUUCGUUAUAUAAUAAUGUUCAAAAAUAUGAUAACUCAGUAUGUGGUAAAUAUAUUGACCCUUCAGAAGUUUUCGAGAACGCAAAUAAAGAAGUUGAUAUCACUUUUGAUAUGAUUAUUCCGGUAAAUGAUUUGUUAGCAUUUCAGGCGUUCAAUGAUUAUCCUAAAUCAUUUGGUUAUCAUAAGACAAAUUACGGAAAGUGA